AUGACAAUUGCAACAAUCUACUCAAAACAUUUAAUUGCACGUCCGACCGAUUGGCAAGAAAAUGAUCAUAUGGUCGAUCCAAUUCUCGACGAGGAUCAUCAUAAUUUCGAACCAUCACCUUCUCUUCUCGACUUUUUCAACAAAUGGAAAAGCGAAAAGAUCAUCUUUGUUGAUCUUGGAUCAAUGAUGGGUGCGAUGCUCGGAAAUAAUGAACAAAUACAAUUUCUAAAUAAUAUUCAAGCGGCUUUUGAAAAUAAUAAUUGUAAAGCAGUUAUAUCACUUGUUGGUUAUCAACAAAUCGAUAUCAAUAACUUAUCCAAUACUGAUAAUAUAUUCUAUUUAAAACAAAUUAUACCCCAUAGUUGA